CAGCCCCUCCCGAAUACCAUGCCCCUCUGCCCCCCUCUUCGCGUCUACAACGACUCUCUUUUCGGCUCGACUCGGAGGAGGAACCCGGCGGCCGCCCGGCUGUGCGUUUGCAUUACCCAAGAUGGAGGUUUGCUUAUGGCGCUAGCAUCUAGGAACGAUUCUGUCAGUCCCGGUGUCUCUUGGCCUACGCUUUUCCGAGGAACGAACUGAUUUUUGUCUUCCACCGCAUUGGGAAUUUAGUUGGGAUCGCGGCUGUUGGUGGCCACCAUCAUGAGCUCUGGGGAAGGAGCUGAUGAGACGUCAAAGGACGCAGCCGAUAUAGCGGCGUUCUUUAAAUCUGACGGUUCCCUCCAAAAAGAGCCCAAAGGAGACUUGUCCAGUCAGCUACCAGGUUUUCGCAGAAAUGAAGACAUGAGAGCGAUGGAGGUGUUGCCUAUUCUGAAGGAAAAAGUUGCCUUCCUAUCAGGGGGCAGAGACAGACGCGGUGGUCCAGUGUUAACAUUUCCUUCACGCAGUAACCAUGACAGAAUACGAGCCGACGACCUCAGAAGACUCAUAGCGUACCUCGCUGGCAUCCCCAAUGAGGAGGUGAUCCAGCAUGGCUUCACAGUCAUAGUAGACAUGCGAGGCAGUAAAUGGGACAGUAUCAAACCUCUACUGAAGAUCCUCCAGGAGUCGUUCCCCUGCUGUAUACACAUAGCGCUCAUCAUCAAACCAGACAACUUCUGGCAGAAACAACGCACCAACUUCGGCAGCUCCAAGUUCGAAUUUGAGACCACCAUGGUAUCGUUGGAGGGUCUGUCUAAGGUGGUUGACCCCUCCCAGCUGACCGCUGACUUCGAGGGAAGUCUUGAAUACAACCAUGAUGAGUGGAUCGAGGUGCGGGUUGCGUUUGAGGAGUUUACGGGGCACGCGGGUCACAUGUUGUCGAGGCUGGAGGAGAUGCAGGAGGUGGUGGCGAGGAAAGACUUCCCCACGGACCUGGACGGGGCGCGGCGCAUGAUAGAGGAACACGCCACGCUGAAGAAGAAGGUCAUCAAAGCUCCUAUAGAGGAACUGGAUACGGAGGGACAGAGGUUACUGCAGCGUAUCCAGAGCAGUGAGUCGUACAGGAACUCUAACGCCAGCGGUGUGUGUAACGCUGACACCCAGGGGCUGGUGCCACGCGUCGCCACCCUGCUGGACAAACUCCACAGCACACGACAACACCUCCACCAGGCCUGGCACAUCAGGAAACUGCAGCUGGACCAGUGUUUCCAGCUCCGCCUCUUUGAACAGGAUGCUGAGAAGAUGUUUGAUUGGAUCAUGCACAACAAGGGUCUGUUCCUGGCCGGCUACACAGAGAUCGGCAACAACCACCCUCACGCCAUGGAGCUACAAACUCAACACAACCACUUCGCUAUGAACUGCAUGAAUGUGUAUGUGAACAUCAACAGGAUAAUGUCCGUGGGUAACAGGCUGUUGGAGUCAGGUCACUAUGCCUCGGUGCAGAUUAAACAGAUCUCAGGUCAGCUGGAAGCGGAGUGGAAAGCCUUCGCUGCUGCCCUGGACGAACGCAGCACACUGCUGGAGAUGUCUGCCGCCUUCCACCAGAAAUGUGACCAGUACAUGGGUAAUGUGGACUCGUGGUGUAAAGCAUGUGGAGAGGUGGAUCUACCCUCGGAGCUCCAGGACCUAGAGGAUGCUAUCCACCACCACCAGGGCCUUUACGAACACAUCACUGCUGCCUACUCAGAGGUAAACGGCACUGCUGCAUACCCAGAGGUCAGCCAAGACGGUAAGGCCUUAUUGGAUAAGCUCCAGCGCCCUCUGACCCCGGGGGGAGCUGAUUCACUGACAGCCUCGGCCAACUACAGCAAGGCGGUGCACCACGUGCUGGAUGUGAUACACGAGGUGCUGCACCACCAGAGACAACUGGAGAAUAUCUGGCAACACCGCAAAGUCCGCCUGCACCAGAGGCUCCAGCUGUGUGUGUUCCAGCAAGAUGUACAGCAGGUUCUGGACUGGAUAGAGAACCAUGGGGAGGCGUUCCUGAGUAAACACACAGGCGUUGGGAAGUCCCUCCAUCGAGCCAGAGCACUACAGAAACGACAUGAGGACUUCGAGGAGGUCGCCCAGAACACCUAUACUAAUGCUGACAAGCUGCUGGAGGCAGCAGAGCAGCUGGCCCAGACAGGAGAGUGUGACCCAGAGGAGAUCUACCAGGCAGCCCACCAGCUGGAGGACCGGAUCCAGGACUUUGUCAGGAGGGUGGAGCAACGCAAAGUCCUGCUGGACAUGUCUGUCGCCUUCCACACACACGUCAAAGAGCUGUGGACGUGGCUGGAGGAGCUGCAGAAGGAGCUGCUAGAUGAUGUGUAUGCUGAGUCUGUGGAGGCGGUGCAGGAUCUGAUCAAACGCUUCAGCCAGCAGCAGCAGACCACCCUGCAGGUCACUGUCAAUGUCAUCAAGGAGGGAGAGGACCUCAUCCAGCAGCUCAGGGACUCUGCUAUCUCCAGUAACAAGACUCCCCACAACAGCUCUAUAAACCACAUAGAGAGUGUUCUACAGCAGCUGGAUGAGGCCCAGGCUCAGAUGGAGGAGCUGUUUCAGGAGAGGAAGAUCAAACUAGAACUCUUCCUGCAGCUACGCAUCUUCGAGAGGGACGCCAUCGAUAUCAUCUCAGACCUGGAGUCAUGGAACGAGGAGUUGAGUGUUCAGAUGAGUGAGUUUGAUACAGAGGACCUAACCUUGGCAGAACAGAGACUCCAGCACCACGCUGACAAGGCCCUGACCAUGAACAACCUGACCUUUGAUGUCAUCCACCAGGGACAGGAACUGUUGCAGUACGUCAACGAAGUACAGGCCUCUGGUGUAGAGUUGCUGUGUGACAGGGAUGUGGACAUGGCUACUCGUGUUCAGGACCUGCUGGAGUUUCUCCAUGAGAAGCAGCAGGAGUUGGACGUCGCAGGCGAACAACACAGGAGACACCUGGAGCAGUGUGUACAGCUGAGGCACCUACAGGCCGAAGUCAAACAGGUCCUGGGCUGGAUCCGUAAUGGGGAGUCUAUGCUGAAUGCUGGUCUGAUCACAGCCAGUUCUCUACAGGAAGCAGAACAACUACAGAGAGAACACGAACAGUUCCAGCAUGCCAUCGAGAAAACCCACCAGAGUGCUCUGCAGGUGCAGCAGAAGGCUGAGGCGUUACUGCAGGCCAACCACUAUGACAUGGACCUGAUCAGAGACUGUGCUGAGAACGUAGCGUCUCACUGGCAGCAGCUCAUGUUAAAGAUGGAGGACAGGCUGAAGCUGGUCAAUGCCUCUGUAGCCUUCUACAAGACCUCCGAACAGGUGUGCAGUGUGUUGGAGAGCCUGGAGCAGGAGUAUAAGAGGGAAGAGGACUGGUGUGGGGGGGCUGACAAACUGGGUCCUAACUGUGAGUCAGAUCACGUCACCCCCAUGAUCAGCAAACACCUGGAACAGAAAGAGGCCUUCCUCAAGGCAUGUACCCUGGCCAGACGCAAUGCUGAUGUGUUCCUGAAGUACAUGCACAGGAACAGUGUUAACAUGCCUGGGAUGCUCAGCCAUGUCAAAGCACCGGAACAACAGGUCAAGAACAUCCUGAAUGAGUUGUUACAGAGAGAGAACCGUGUUCUCCAUUUCUGGACCAUGAGGAAAAGACGGUUAGACCAGUGCCAGCAAUACGUGGUGUUCGAACGCAGCGCCAAGCAGGCUCUGGAAUGGAUCCAUGACACCGGAGAGUUCUACCUGUCAACACACACCUCCACCGGCUCCAGUAUCCACCACACACAGGAGCUGCUGAAGGAGCACGAAGACUUCCACAUCACAGCCAGGCAAACCAAAGAGCGUGUGAAGCUGCUGAUCCAGCUAGCGGAUGGCUUCUGUGAUAAGGGCCAUAGUCACGCUGUGGAGAUAAAGAAGUGGGUGACAGCGGUGGACAAACGCUACAGAGACUUCUCCCUGCGUAUGGACAAGUACCGGACCAGUCUGGAGAAGGCACUGGGCAUCUCAUCUGACUCUAACUCCAAGGCUAGUAAGGAUCUCCAGUUGGACAUCAUUCCGGCCACACCUCAGGGGUCAGAGGUCAAGCUGAGAGACGCGGCUCACGAACUCAACGAGGAGAAACGCAAGUCCGCUCGCAGGAAGGAGUUCAUCAUGGCUGAGCUGAUCCAGACAGAGAAGACCUAUGUGAGAGACCUGAGGGAGUGUACGGACACGUACCUGUGGGAGAUGACAAGUGGGGUAGAGGAGAUCCCUCCUGGCAUCGUCAACAAGGAACACAUCAUCUUCGGGAACAUGGUGGACCUCUAUGAGUUCCAUCACAAUAUCUUUCUCAAAGAGCUGGAGAAGUAUGAACAGCUACCAGAAGAUGUGGGCCACUGCUUUGUCACCUGGGCUGAUAAGUUCCAGAUGUACGUCAACUACUGUAAGAACAAACCAGACUCCACCCAGCUCAUCUUAGAGCAUGCUGGACCCUACUUUGACGAGAUCCAGCAGAGGCACCGAUUGGCCAACUCCAUCUCCUCCUACCUGAUCAAGCCUGUUCAGCGAAUCACCAAGUACCAGCUCCUGCUCAAGGAGCUGCUGACAUGCUGUGAGGAGGGGAAAGGAGAGAUCAAGGAUGGACUGGAGGUCAUGCUCAGUGUCCCCAAGAGAGCCAACGACGCCAUGCACCUCUCAAUGCUGGAGGGUUUCGACGAGAACAUCGAGUCUCAGGGAGAGUUAAUCCUGCAGGAGUCCUUCCAUGUGUGGGAUCCUAAAACUCUGAUCCGUAAGGGACGCGAGCGUCACCUCUUCCUCUUCGAGAUGUCCCUCAUCUUCAGCAAGGAGGUCAAAGACUCCAACGGACGGAGCAAGUACAUGUACAAGAGCAGACUUUACACGUCAGAGUUGGGGGUAACAGAGCACGUUGAGGGAGACCCCUGUAAGUUUGCUCUGUGGGUGGGACGAACCCCCACCUCCGACAACAAGAUCGUACUCAAGCCAAGUCAGGGAUGCAAACAUGGAUCGAUGGCGUCGAGCAUUGAGAACAAGCAGGACUGGAUCAAACACAUCAGGGAGGUGAUUCAGGAUCGAACCAUCCACCUGAGAGGAGCUCUGAAGGAACCCAUACACAUCCCGAAGUCUGCCACCGCCAAGCACCACAAGGGACACCGCAGGUACAGGGAUGGAGAGGACUUGGACAGCCAGGGUGAUGGCAGCAGCCAACCAGACACCAUCUCUAUUGCCUCACGCACCUCACAGAACACACUGGACAGUGACAAGCUGUCCGGCGGCUGUGAGCUGACCGUGGUGAUCCAUGACUUCAUGGCUGGUAACAGCAACGAGCUGACCGUCCGGAGGGGCCAGACUGUAGAGGUUCUGGAGAGGUGCCAUGACAAGCCUGACUGGUGUCUGGUGAGGACCACGGACCGCUCCCCUGCCCACGAGGGACUGGUACCCUGCACCAUGCUCUGCAUCGCCCACUCACGCUCUUCCCUGGAGAUGGAGGGGAUAUUCAACCAUAAAGACACUCUGUCAGUGUGUAGUAAUGACUCCAUCAUGCCAGGCUCCUCUGCCACCCUGCAGCCCGGGCAUCACGGCAUGGGCUCACACACCUCGCCCGGACCUAAACGACCAGGUAACACCCUGCGUAAGUGGCUGACCAGCCCAGUGCGUCGUCUGAGCAGUGGCAAGGCAGACGGGCACGUGAAGAAGCUGGCGCACAAACACAAGAAGGUGAGGAAGAGUGGCGAGAUGACGGGCAGCACCCAGAAAGACUCUGACGACAGCGCUGCUACACCCCAGGACGAGACUGUGGAGGAGAGAGUGCGUAACGAGGGCCUCUCUAGUGGGACCCUGUCCAAGUCCUCGUCCUCUGGGAUGCAGAGCUGUGGAGAGGAGGAGGGUGAGGAGGGGGCCGACUCUGUACCCCUACCACCCCCCAUGGCCAUCCAGCAACACAGCCUACUGCAGCCUGACGCACAGGACGACAAGAGCUCCUCCCGUGUGUCCGUUCGGCCGUGCAGUUCUGAGACGCCCAGCGCAGCAGAGCUGGUGAGCGCCAUCGAGGAACUGGUCAAGAGCAAGAUGGCUCUAGAGGACAGGCCUAGCUCUCUCUCAGUAGAUCACGGGGACAGCAGCUCUCCCUCCUUCAACCCCUCUGACAACUCCCUCCUCUCAUCCUCCUCUCCCAUCGAUGAGAUGGAAGAGCGCAAGACUGGCUUCCUCAAGCGACGACAUUAUGUUUUGUUGGAACUGGUGGAGACAGAGAGGGACUACGUCAGAGACCUGGGCCUGGUGGUGGAGAGCUAUAUGACUCGGAUGAAGGAGGAAGGGGUACCAGACGAUAUGAAGGGAAAAGACAAGAUAGUCUUUGGAAACAUCCACCAGAUCUACGACUGGCACAGAGAUUUCUUCAUGGGAGAGUUAGAGAAGUGUCUGGAAGACCCUGACCGACUUGGAACGCUGUUCGUCAAACAUGAGCGGAGGCUCCACAUGUACAUAGUGUACUGUCAGAACAAGCCCAAGUCGGAACACAUCGUGUCAGAGUACAUCGACACCUACUUCGAGGACCUGAAACAACGUCUCGGUCAGCGUCUCCAGAUCACUGACCUCCUCAUCAAACCCGUCCAGAGAAUCAUGAAGUACCAACUACUGCUCAAGGACUUCCUCAAAUUUUCUAAAAAGGCAGGGUUGGAUUCAGUAGAGUUGGAGAAAGGAGUUGAGAUCAUGUGCAUCGUACCAAAGAGAUGCAACGAUAUGAUGAACGUGGGGCGACUCCAAGGAUUUGACGGUAAGAUUGUGGCCCAGGGUCGUCUGCUGCUCCAGGACACCUUCAUGGUAUCAGACCCCGAGGGAGGAGGAGGGAGAAUGAGGGAGAGAAGGGUCUUCCUCUUUGAACAGAUUGUCAUCUUCAGCGAGCCACUGGACAAGAAGAGAGGCUUCUCCAUGCCUGGCUUCCUAUACAAGAACAGCAUCAAGAUCGGUUGUCUGGGGUUGGAGGACAGUGUGGACGGUGACCCCUGUAAGUUUAUGUUGACCUCUCGGGUGACCAAUAGCAGCGUAGACUCCUUCGUCCUCCACUCCUCCCACCUGGGAGUGCGUCAGGUCUGGACCCUUCAGAUCAGCCAGAUACUGGAGAGCCAACGCAACUUCCUCAACGCUCUGACCUCCCCUAUAGAGUACCAGAGGAUUCAUGUAGGGGCUAGCGACGGACCAUGUCUACCCAGCAGCGGCGCUCCGUCAGUGGGGAGCGUCAUGCCCAGUGUGGCCCCUGUUGGAGGUCUACAGGGUGUGCCUCUCACUGGUCCCCUCGGUGUAGGUAGUCCCCUCAUUGGAGGUGGUCCCCAGGGCGGAGCUGGCUCCUCCAGGAGGCCCUCCAGGAUCCCUCAGCCCUCCCGCCUGCCCCAGCCCCUGCGACACCCACACCACCCGGGGGCCGCAGACCCAGACGGCCCCAACAAGAUGUCAGGCUCCUCCCCUCGUCUCCCCCCUCAUUCCUCGCUCCCUCACGCCGUCUCAGCAAACCCGGGGUCGCAGGCUCCAGCGGGGGGGGUGAGAGACACGAGGGAGGCCCAACGUGGGGUGAGGGUCCAGGGGGGCAGUCCCCAGGGCAAGCGCACAUUCUCAGCCUCAACCGACCAGCACCCUCCCAUCCCCCCUAUUCCCCGAGCCAGUGUGGCCCCUCUCUCUGGGCCCGUGCUUCUUUCCACCCCCAGCAAGCCUCGCCCGGGCACCGUCUCCCCCAUGGCCUCCCCCCUGGCAACUCCCGCCUUUGGGAAAGACGCCCUCCCGCCUCCCCCUCCCAGCCCUGGCCUGAAGUCUGGCUCCUUCUGGAGCUCCAUGCCUGGUUCUCCAGCCAGUCGGCCCGGCUCCUUCACCUUCCCAGGGGAGACAGGAGAGACCAUGGGGAGGCAGAACCAAAACACGUUCCAGACCUCCUCUCAGUCCGCGACAGGCUCCCACAGACACUCCACCCACAGCAAGGAGGCGGACCGCAUGAGUACGUGCUCAUCCACCAGCGAGCAGUCCACCCAGAGCAACGGGAGUGAAAGCAGCAGCAGCAGUAGUAUGUCGACCAUGUUGGUGACCCAGGACUACGUGGCCCUGAAGGAGGAUGAGAUCAGUGUUUCCCAGGGAGAGGUGGUCCAGAUCUUGGCCUCUAACCAACAGAACAUGUUCUUAGUGUUCCGGGCCGCUACAGAACAGGGCCCCGCCGCCGAGGGCUGGAUCCCCGGCUACGUUCUGGGACACACCUCCACCAUCAUCCCCGACUGCCCAGACGGAACCAUCAAGAAGUCCUCAUCCUGGCACACCACCCUGCGUAUCCGUAAGAAGUCUGAGAAGAAAGAGGAGGGAAAGAAAGAGAGCAAGCUGGAAAACGGUUACAGGAAGUCAAGAGAUGAGCUAACCAAUAAGGUUUCUGUAAAGCUUCUAAAUCCCAACUAUAUCUAUGAUGUUCAACCAGAGUUCCUGGUCCCCCUGAGUGAGGUGACGUGUGACAAUGGGGAGAGUGUGACUCUGAGGUGUAAGGUGUGUGGCCGACCCAAAGCUACUGUCACUUGGAGGGGACCUGACCAGACCACCCUGAACAACAAUGGACACCACUGCAUCGCUUACAGUGAGACGGGCGAAGCGACACUGAGGAUAGUAGGUGUGUCUUCGGUGGACGACGGUGUUUACACCUGCGUCGCCGCUAACGACCUGGGCUCAGUGACAUCAUCAGCCAUCCUCAGAGUGCUAGCUGUGUCCAAUGAUGGGGUCAGGGUGAGCUGGAAGGACAACUUUGAGUCCCACUACACUGAGGUGGCAGAGCUGGGCAGGGGCCGGUUCUCUGUGGUCAAGCGUUGUGACCACAAGUCGAGCAAACGCACGGUGGCGGUCAAGCUGGUCAAUAAGAAGCUGAUGAAGAGAGACCAGGUGACCCAGGAGCUCAGCCUGCUACAGAGACUACAACACACACACCUUGUCAGACUGCUGGACACAUAUGAGACCCCCAGCAGCUACGUACUGGUCCUGGAGAUGGUUGACCAGGGUCGUCUUCUGGACUACAUAGUCAGCUGGGGGAAUCUGACUGAGGAGAAAGUGGCCAGCUACCUACGGAACAUCCUAGAAGCUUUACAUUACCUACACAACUGUAGGAUAGCCCAUCUGGACUUAAAGCCUGAGAACCUGUUGGUGUCCCACACCUCGUCCGGCCAGCCCAUGGUCAAACUGACUGACUUCGGGGAUGCCGUCCAGCUCAACAGUGCCCACUACAUCCACCCUCUCCUGGGAAGCCCCGAGUUUUCCUCCCCCGAGCUGGUCCUGGGGGAGCCAGCCGCCCUGACCUCUGACCUCUGGAGUCUGGGGGUUGUGACCUACGUCCUCCUGAGCGGGGCCUCUCCUUUCCUGGAUGAGAGCGUGGAGGAGACGUGUCUGAACAUCUGUCAGCUAGACUUCAGCUUCCCCCACCACUACUUCAAGGGCGUGUCCCAGGGGGCCCGGGAGUUUGUCUGCCUGCUGCUGAGGGCCGACCCGUCCAGGAGGCCUCCGGCUGGGCUAUGUCUACAGGAGCCCUGGGUCCAGGGCCAGGCCAAGUUAGCAGACGUCCAGGGACAGGGUAGGGUGGAAGGUGGGUGUCUGGACACGUCUCGCCUAGUGCUGUUCAUAGACAGGAGGAAGCACCAGACAGACGCAAAGCCCAUCGGAGGGGUACAGAGCUUACUACACAGCCGGCUACAGCCACUGGCCUGAGUGAGGGAUGGAGCGAUGGAGAGAGAUGCCCCCUCCCACCACCCUAAUAGGAAGGAGAGAACAGGACGUCCAGUCCAUAACGGACUCCUCGCUACAUUCCCACUAGCUGCUUGUGCAGAUCUAAAGAUUUAAUAGGUAUAAGCAAUAUUAUUUCCACCUAACCUCUCAGAAGACAAGGUGGAGACGGGAUUGAUAGAACCAUAUUGCUUAGACCUAUCCAAAUCCUUUCAGAUCUAUAUGAGGUGACUAGGGGGUAGUGACUAGGGGUUGAUUUGGGACUGGACAUCUCAGAGAAAGAAUAAGGUGGGGGGAAAAUGAAAUUCGCUGAUCUCAUCCUCUUUCAGAUAUGUUGUGGUUUUAAAGAGUUCUGUGGUCCUUCAACCAAUCAAAACAUGAGGCCUGUAGGCCUAGAGGUCCUUAGCCAAUCAGAGUAUUCCCUGAGAGAACACACACUGAGUUCUUAGCCAAUCAAAACAAGGAUAACAAUGUCCUCACCAGUCUACUGCUGCUUGCUUGUUUACACUAAAACUGAUUUUCGAAAGAAGAAAAAAUCUAAAACAAGAAAAAUACUGACAAAUCGAUGGAGUAACAUAUUUGUCCUCUAUCUUACUGAGAGUCAAACAAACAGAGAUUUCAGAGGAGAGAGUGUUGCCAAGGAAGCUAGUGUUAGCACAAAGCAACCAUCCCUUCCCUCUUGUUGCCAGAGAAAGAGAGAGACGUUUUGUUUUUGUGCUUUUACAAUAUGUGACUCAAAGACUUUUGAGACACCCCCUUUCUUAAAGAACCAAUGUAUAAAGAGAGAGAAUAUUGUUCACAACUUUUUGAAAAAGUUUUUGAAAAAAACAACAAAAAAACUCAAAUUAACAUUUCAAAAGAAGAUUGAAGAAAAACGCUCAGCAGUAGAAAGUCGCUACGCUACUUUACAGCCCGGAGAGGACUCAUCCAUUGACUGAGCUCCUCCACUUUGUUGAGAUAGUUUUAUGUCUAAUCAGAGUUUUCCAAUUGCUGCGCUUAUGUACUUAAUCUAAGAAACCUUAAUCUAAGUAAAGAUAGAGAUUCUGCUGACUGCUGCAAAGUCUCAACAACAGAAAAUAAUGAUUUGUUUUGUUUUUGCUUUUACUAGAAAACAAAAAUGGUGUUGCGCAGAUUUAAGAUGAUUAAGCCUUACUUUGUAUAUAGACUCUUAACUGCCUUCUGUCCCUCAUGGUUCAAAAUGGCCGCCUGCUUUUAAGAACAUUCUUGGGACUAAAUAAUCCUGCAAAUGAAAUGUAGUAGAUCACCAAUUGGGCGACUGAGCCUGAGUGGCAGCAGAGAUGGUCAAUCGGAUGGAGAGUGAAUGAGGAAAAGGAGCAGGAAGACAGAAUACUGUAAAUGCACUCAAUGUAUGUUAUGUUUCCCCCAUUCUUAUCAUGUGCAAUGUUGCGGCUUUAACAUUUUAUGCAACUAUUUAUGAAGACAUCUGUUGUACAUGUAAUAAAUAGAGAUAAAAGCAUGUACUUGGUACUGCAAGCUCCGCUGGUAGUAGUCCUCAUUAUUUGACCUAUGACCCUGUUGGGGUGUUAACUCAUCACCAUAGAAUUAGAAUGAGUAGAACGGACAUCCCCAUUCAGGUCAGUGAUGCCAUAAUGGGUGCUGGUGGCCAUUUUGAGUGUCCCCAUAGGACAUUCGAAUCCUAUGGUUAUCACUUCCUAGGUAACCUAACCUUCUGGGGUCGCCCUCUACAUGGCACUUAUGGCUAGAUCAAUGAAUCAUUUUUUAUUUGUCACUUUUUCUUUUUCUAUAGAAGUUUACUGAUAUACCAAAGUUGUCCCAGCAUUACCUUCCCUGUCCUACGCUAUUGUUUUAAUGAUAUUUUUAUGAAUUAAUGACAUUUCACUUUAUUUCUAAUGUUUUACGCUAUGGAACCCUAAAAAGGGUUGUUUACACUUUGUUUGACUGGAAGUUAUGGUCUGGUUUGAUUCUGGUGUUAUGGUAACUUUAGCCAGUCUACAAGGCAAUAACGAUCUCCAUUUUUGGCUUGGAUCUCUGGAAAUGCAGGGGGUUUCUGAACUUCACCUACCUGUUUAAUCUAGACCAUUGUAGACUACUGUUGAAAAAUAGGUAAUGUCCACUCACUGAUUACUCUUCUACAAAUGACCUGUGUCAAGUGUUAAAACAAGACUUGGCACUCUCUUCCUGAGGGCUUGUCUUAUUGGGAGUACUCGAGUGCAUCCCAAAUGGCACCCUAUUCCCUUUAUAAAGCCCUACCAGGGCCCAGGUCAAAAGUGGUGCAUUACAAAGGGAAUAGGAUGCCAUUGUGUUAAUGAGCUGAAUGCAAAACCCCUUUUAUAUGAAGUUAUUUAUGUAAAAAGAGAUCCUAUUACAGCUGUUUCUCAUGAUUGAGAUGAUUAAGUGUGCUGUGUCAAACACCUGGGCUGCAUCUCAAAUAGGACCUUAUUCCCCAUCCAGUGCCCCACUUUAGACCAGGGCCCUAUGUUGGAACUAGCUAUGAUUUGACCUAUAGGUGCCUCUAGCUUGCUGUCUAACCUCAUACUAAACCUACUACACGGCUCUCCAACCCUGUUCCCAGAGAGCUAUUGUCCUGUAGGUUUUCGCUCCAACCCCAGUUGCAACUAACCUGAUUCAGCUUAAUAACCAGCUAAUUAUUAGAAAAUCUGUGCGCUAUAUUAGGGUUGGGGUCGAAAACCUACAGGACGGUAGCUCUCUGAGAACAGGGUUGGAGUCGAAAACCUACAGGACGGUAGCUCUGGGAACAGGGUUGGAGUUGAAAACCUACAGGACGGUAGCUCUGGGAACAGGGUUGGAGAGCCUUGCUCUACAACAUGCUUACAAACACAACACAACACUGAUGAAUGAUUCUGGUGUUUAUGAUAGAUGUCUACAGACAUUGUUCCUUUGGGUUGAAUGGGGGGUAAUUUAGUGGUUUAACCCUAGCCCCAAUCUGGACAUUAACCAUUAGGUUUUGGGAAAAUCUGACCCUGCAUCAUCUCUGAAUCAAAUGUCCUGUUACCAGAUUUGAGUUGAUGCCAUAGUUUGGGGUAAAAAGUAGUGGAAUGUUUUAUUAGAACACUAUAUGGCCAAACAGUCAGUUAGAUUUGUCAUAUAAUUAAAUGUGUUGUUGCUAUGUUUGCUGUUAGGGAAUUAUAGUGCAGGUUUUGAAUGGGUCACGGGUGUCUGAGGUAAAGAAAAUGGUAUUUAAUUUUUACAAUGAAAAAAUACUCCAGUCUGAACUUAAAUGACCAGUUGAAAGUGUGUAGAAAGGAUAGUGAAAUAAAAAUAUAUAUAUAAUUUAAUCUUUAAUUUUUCUUCAAUGACAGUAUUUUCAAUAAAGCUAUUAGCCGUGCUAAUUUGGUUGAUUUUGUGGUCUCAAACCAGUGAGUUUAUUAACAUUCUUCAUCAAGAAUGUGGGAAAAAUGUUGACAAUGAAAGAGGUGGGAAUGUUGUUCCCUUGUCAUAUAAUUGCAACAUCUACUAUCAACAUAGCAUCAAAAAUAGUUUUCCAGAUUCUAUUUUGGCUAUUAUUUUUUGCAAUACAAAUAUUGGGUUGCGACAGACAACCUGGUUCAAUUUGGGUAUAGUAUACUGGUAUAGUGAGUCACCUGAUAGGAACUUGCUAAAUUUCCUUCUGGCAGAGGGAGAAAGAGAAAAGGCCCAUUGACCAGCCCAUGCUGUCAGGGAAGUAUGUUGAUUUAUCUGAUAGGAACAUGCACAACUGGAAUAUUUCCUUCUGGUAGGGAGGGAGGGAGGGAGAGAGGGAGGGAGGGAGGGAGAGAGGGAGAGAGACAGAGAGAAGUGGCCCAUUGUCAGGUUACCUGUACAUUACCAUACCAUAUCAUGUCCUUUAAUUUAUUUGUUAAUCCAUUUUUUGUAAAGUUGUAUAAGGAUGUUGAAAUAGGGGAAUGUGGACUGGGUUGUUUUUUCUGUUUCUUGUCCUUUUUUUGUGCCAAUCUCAUCCUGUUUUAUACAUAAAGAUUUUUAAAGGGUUUUAUUUCACGCUAUUUUCUUUACUUUUGCAUGUAUAUUUCUUUGUACAGAGACCAUGAGUGCUUAUGCGAAUGUAUGUAAAUAUUUUAAUUGUUUUUGCCAUCAGUUAUUUGGAAAUUAAACAUGGAACAUA